GUGAAAAGCCAUCCAGCCUUUGGACGGGUGAGACGUUACAUGAAAUUAGGAUAUAGCGAGAAUAGUAAGAAAGAAAGAAUAGACCCGGUUCAUUGUUGCAGCAAUAAAGACAAGGCUGUGCUUCAAGAGAAACGAGCAGGUUUUAAAUCAGUUCAAGGCAGAUGGUUUGCUAUCACUUUGUAACUAAAUAGAAAUUAAGAGUGGGCUCCGCGAAAGUGAAAACUAACAAGCUUGCUCGGUCCUCUCUGCAAUUCUAAGAGUCCAGAGGUUUGGUUGAAUUUUCAUUGGGACCAGUGUCAAGCUGUGAUUUGGACUCACCUGCAACAGACUGCCACCUCCAGUUCUCCAGGGCAGCAACACAGGGGGGAUCUUUGAAAACACAGCGGAGCCUGUAGUAUCUCUGUUCCGAAGAGGAGAAGGAGGAGGAGGAGGAGGAGGAGGAGGAGGAGAGCACGGCAGGCACAAAGAGCGGAGAGCAUCCAGAGAGGGGAGGAAGGAGGACGGGACAACAACGGGAACUCAACAGAGAGCAUCCCUCUUUCAUUUCUGAUCCACAGAAGGCAACACUCUGCCCACAGGCAUCAUCUAUAAAACGGGAUCCAGAGCGCUGUUUCACUAAAAGGGAUACCUGCUCCUGAUCUGUCUGCCCCUCGGCCCCUGCAGUACCCAGUUGUCCUCUCUACACUGUCCCGAUGAAGGAGGCUGACGCCAUCAAGCUGUUUGUGGGGCAGAUUCCCCGGAAUCUGGAAGAGAAGGACCUCAAGCCUAUCUUCGAGCAGUUUGGCAAAAUCUAUGAGCUAACUGUGAUAAAGGACAAAUACACUGGCAUGCACAAAGGAUGUGCGUUUCUGACGUACUGUGCAAGAGAGUCGGCACUGAAAGCCCAGAGCGCUCUUCACGAGCAGAAAACACUACCAGGGAUGAAUCGGCCAAUCCAGGUGAAACCAGCUGACAGCGAGGGCAGAGGAGAGGACAGGAAGUUGUUUGUGGGUAUGCUGGGAAAGCAACAGAGCGACGAGGACGUCAGAAGGCUGUUUGAGCCUUUUGGAAGCAUAGACGAGUGUACUGUGUUGAGAGGACCAGACGGUACCAGCAAAGGAUGCGCUUUUGUAAAAUUCCAAGGACACGCUGAAGCCCAGGCUGCCAUCAACAGCUUGCAUGGAAGCCGCACAAUGCCUGGAGCAUCGUCCAGUCUAGUGGUGAAGUUUGCCGACACAGAAAAGGAGCGGGGGCUGAGGAGGAUGCAGCAGGUGGCCUCCCAGCUCGGCAUUUUCAGCCCCAUGACCCUCAAUUUCCCCGCCUACAACGCAUACACACAGGCGGUCAACGCACAGCUUGUCCAACAGCAGGCCCUGGUUGCCCAGUCAGCGUACUUGUCUCCUGUGGCAACAGUUGCUGCCGUACAGAUGCAGCAGAUGGCAGCGCUCAAUGCCAACGGAAUCAUUGCCACACCCAUUACACCCAUUACGCCGUCCUCGGGUACAAACACUCCGCCAACUAUUGCAGCAACGCCUGUGCCAGCUCUCCCUCCUCCAAUGGGAGUGAACGGUUACAGCAGUUUGCCCAACCCCACCAAUGGACAGCAAGCAACAGAAGCAUUAUACACCAAUGGUGUUCACCCAUAUCAAGCUCAGAGUCCAGCAGGCCUUGACCCGCUACAGCAGGCAUAUGCAGGAAUGCAACACUACACAGCGGCAUAUCCUGCUGCCUACGGAUUGGUCGGGCAGCCGUUCCCCCAGCAGCCAACACUGGUUGCCCAGCAACACCAGCAGCCCCAGCAACAGCAGCAGAGAGAAGGUCCGGAGGGCUGUAACAUCUUCAUCUACCACCUGCCGCAGGAGUUCAGUGAUUCUGAAAUGCUGCAGAUGUUCCUGCCCUUUGGCAAUGUCAUCUCGGCUAAGGUUUUUGUUGACCGAGCCACCAACCAGAGCAAAUGCUUCGGAUUUGUAAGUUUUGACAACCCGGCCAGCGCUCAAGCCGCCAUCCAAGCCAUGAACGGCUUCCAGAUCGGCAUGAAGAGACUGAAGGUGCAGCUCAAAAGGCCCAAAGAUGCCAACCGCCCAUACUGAGUGACAACUGAGAGGAGGAAGAAGAAAUGAAAUAGAGGUGACCUUUCAGAGUCCAGCCGAGGUGGAAUCCCAGGGUUCAUAGUGCUUUCAGACUGUCUGCUACCUACGAGCAUCCGGGGAGUGCAACCACACACACACACUGAUACACAAGCACACACACUGAUACACAUACUACACAUGCGCUCUCAACACUGAAGCUCAAACGGUACAAGGCUGGUAUACAAAUGUAGAUAAAACGCACAAACACACACACAAAUACACACGGUUCACACGAGUCAGUAAUCUUACAUAAACAGCCGAGAGCUUGGUUUGACCAUGGCCUGUGUGCAGUUUGCCAACAGGGUGUUUAGUACAGUUAAGACGACUCAGACCAAGCAUGUAUGGAGGGUACUGAUGAAAAAUGCUGAUAUAUCACUACAAUAGACUUUAACAUGUCUAUACCAUGUCUAUUACAUGACAAAUAUAAAGGGGCCGAUGUUUCAUAAUAAAAAAAAGAAAGAAAGUACAAAAAAAGACGACUAAAUGAGUAGGUUAGAGAGACUUUGGAGAAAAUCCUAAUGACGUGUAAAUAAUUUAGUUUACAAAGAGCAGCAUUUAAAAAACAAGAAAAAAUGCAAAAAGAAUACUACUUUAGAUAAACACUGGACAGGACACAGCGACAUAAUUGUUAUUAUUAUUAUUAUG